CGAUUAUUAUUAUUAUUAAUUGAGUUUAAUCGGAAUGGGUAUAAUAUUAUUGUGCAACAUUCCCGUUACUACUUACUAGACCUGUGAUGUGUUCGUCCCGAAACGGACUAAUAGUAUUUCGUACACAAGAGUAGUGUGUUUUUAAAUAAUCGAAAUCAGCACGGAAAAUAAGUUCGUGUCACUUACGUCAUAAUUUUAUAUAAAUCAGAAGCAGUUCGGGAUGACGUUUACGGCGUGCUUAUCAUUUUUGGCGAUAGCUUUGCACUUGGCUAAUGGAGGGUACGUGUAUAAAACCGACUAUUUUACAGUACCGGUCGAYCAUUUUAGUUUUACAAAUAACGACACAUUCCGUAUGAAGUACCUCAUAAAUGACACGUAUUGGGAACGAGAAAACGGACCUAUAUUUUUUUAUGCCGGCAACGAAGGAGCUAUUGAAAUGUUUUGUGAAAAUACGGGUUUUAUGUGGGAGAUAGCCGAAGAGUUCCGGGCCCUGAUCGUGUUCGCCGAGCACCGCUACUACGGCGUUUCAAUGCCUUACGGUAAUAAAUCYUUCGACGACAUCAGUCGGGUGGGCUAUUUGACCUCGCAACAGGCGCUCGCCGACUAUGUGGACCUGAUCACGUACUUGCGGCACAACGGGUCGUACACGGACCGUGCAGAGCUGUACCAGACCGGCGACAUCUACGACACCGGCGUCGACGGCACUCCUGCACCGUCCGCUGCCAACCCGGUGAUCGCUUUUGGUGGAUCGUACGGUGGCAUGUUGGCCGCCUGGUUCCGUAUCAAGUAUCCCGCCAUCAUCGAAGGUGCUAUAGCGUCGUCUGCACCGAUAUGGCAGUUUACUGGUAUGACGCCGUGUAAUGCUUUCUACAGGGUCACGUCUUCGGUAUACACAGAUACGAGUGUCGAAUGUGGUUUGACGAUAUUAGCGUCUUGGAAAGCCAUUGAUAACGUUACAAAAACGGUCGAUGGUAAGACGUGGCUGUCUCAAAAAUGGAACUUGUGCUCACCGUUGACAAACGACGGCGAUGUCUCAACUUUGAAACAGUGGGUAUCUGAACUUUAUGUGAACUUGGCCAUGAUCAAUUAUCCAUAUCCUGCAAAYUUUUUAACACCAUUACCUGGAAAUCCCGUUAAGGAAGUAUGUAAACCAAUGAAAAACCAUAAAGAAGAUGAAUUUACUCUUUUGGGAUCAGUCUUCAGAGGGUUGAGUGUAUACUUUAACUAUACCGGUACAUCUCAAUGUUUAGAUAUUUUGUCCUCUUCUGCUCCCACGCUUGGUGAAAAGGGAUGGAACUAUCAAAGCUGCACAGAAAUGGUUAUGCCAAUGUGCUCUAAUGGAAUUAAAGAUAUAUUCGAAAAAAAGCCUUGGAAUUUUGAAGAAAAUGCUAGAUAUUGUUAUGAGACUUUUGGKGUCCAGCCUAGUAUUUAUACAAUCGAGAAAACAUAUGGCGGUAAAAAUUUAAACGCUGCUUCCAACAUAAUAUUCAGUAAUGGAUUAUUGGAUCCAUGGUCAAGUGGUGGAGUGUUGCAAGACAUAUCGAAGACAGUGAUCGCUGUGGUAAUACCAGAAUCUGCGCAUCAUUUGGACCUGAGGGCCUCCAACGCCAAGGACCCAGAAAGUGUCAUUAAAGCCAGAAAAUUAUACAAGAAUUGGAUUAAAAAAUGGAUAUUCCACUAUCAAAAACAUCCGACACGAGGUUCAAAUAACUCAUUCGUUAAACAACAAAUUGUUCUUACUAUUUAAAAUGAACUUUAUCGUUUUACAUAAUGAAAAAAUAGAUGAUUAUGUCAUGUAAUUUCUUAAUGAUCAAAAAAUAAAAUACCUGAUAACAAAAUGUGUAAGUGCAUAUAUUUUUAUA